AUGGAGCCUCCUCCAACCCCCCCCCUAUUUCGCCUCCCCUCGAAUUCAAAUCCUUCGGCUUCCUUAUUCUCUCCACCCGCUGGAAACGUUCCCAGCAAUGGCCUCUUUUCCUCCUCUUCCACACCUCAGCAACAACGUUCUAGUACCACUCCCGCGACUCUGUUUGCCGGCUCUACCCCGGGUUUCAAAAUGAGCCAGAAAAGUAACGGGAUGGGAUUAUUUGAUUCACCAGAUGCCACGCCAAAGUUUCCUCUCGGCGGUACUGGCAAACACGUCACUGGGGAUUCCUCAAAGUUUGGCGCGCGCGCGGGGCGUGAAAGCAGAAUCGGGGGCAAAUACAUGUCGCCCACUGAUGGCGACGACGAAGAAGAAGAUGGAACACAGAUUUUCGAAGACAGUCAGGACGAGGGCUCUUACCAGGAAUAUGACACUCACCAAGAAUUUGAUGACGAGGAUGACAUGGACGAAACAGGGAUCUUUGACGACGAAGACGAGGAGGUGGAACAGGAGACAGAGACAGAAGGCGAAGGAUCUUUUGAUCUUCUUCAGAGCAGAACCAACGGGGAUAGCCCGAGAACGAUAUUGGGAGCGGGAGAUUUGAUUAAGCCAGGAAUUGUAUCCGAACCUGGGCCUCUAAUUAUCAAUACGGAGGAUGUAAUGCAGAGGUUAUUCCUGGAAAUGGAACCUCCCGGGUCAGCGCUUUCCCAGCCAACAGGAUAUGAUUCUGAAGAGGAAGAUCUGGAUAUGGAACUGGAUCGCCCCUCCCCGCCUUCCCCAGAAGAAAAGCAACAAUUAUUGACGACUUGUUCAAAGGAGUGGCUCGAAAUAUUUGCCCAGCAGCUUCCAAAGAAUGACACCAAGUCACGGCUUUAUAAAGCAUACUAUCUUGUUUCUCUUCUUCUCCCUUUGCACCACUCCCGCGCCAAUGUCCCUGAGACAUUGCGAAAAUGGCUCUACACGCACAAGCAGAAUCCAUCACGACAGCAACUACACUCUCUUAAAUCUUUCCACCCGAACUGUGUCUUUAGCCCAAACUACUGGGAUUUCAUCCACCGCCUCAUCCUCCGUGGAGAAGUUCAAGAAGUGCAUGACAUUAUGCGUACCACAGACUGGGAUCAGCUCUGUGUCGACGCACCCAUCACCAAAGCCCCUAAGUUUAAUACCAGCUCUGGCCAAUCUGUUCCUGCUAUCGAGAAACGAUAUACCCGUGGAGAAAUUGAUACUAUCAAGGCUGCCACCGCUACUUGUAUGAAGUUGCUUAAAGCAUGCCCCGGAUUAGCACGCUCAAGCUAUGCACCAAGCGAAACAGGCUUUUUCCCCAAGACCGCAAAGCAUCACGGCACACCUGCCGCCUGGCGGAUAUGGCAAGGCAGCGUUUUUUCCGCUUGCGAGGAGCUCCGAGGGAGGAAUACCGAUGCCGAAGACUCUGUUUUUGAUGAUACGGAUGAUAGUUACUACAACAACUACCAUCCCCGGAAUGGGCUAGGUUCAUUCGGCCUUACCAUUGCUAGCGGAAAACCUAAAGAGAAGGCGCCACUACCUCAAGAUGUAGCUCGUGGAUUUAGGCAAAUCUACGAAGUCAUGCGUGGGGACCGGGAUGCUGUCAUAUCAAGCACCGAUAAGUGGGAAGAAGCAGUAGUUGGUCUCAUGUUCUGGAACCCCGCAGGUUCAGCCAAUAAGGGCGACUAUGACGAUUCAGUCGACGAAGAAGACUCUGAUACGGAAGGAGGAGACCUCCAGCAUGUGGACCGUAACCGCCGAGAAAGGGAAUUAGUCAGGCUGUCAAGAACUAUUGAGUCUCUCAUGGAAGACAUGCCAAUUGAUCCGACAUCUGAUUUGGAUAUUACAGUCGGCGGAAUUAUGACUGGUGAUCCGACGGCUGUAACAGAUUUUCUUCCUACUUUCUCGCUACUUGCUGCCUCGGCGGCUGUAGAAAUUUGUGGGUGGGCCGGGUCCAUUCUCCGAAAUCCCAUAAAUGAAGGUGCCCUUGAGAAGAGAAGGGGUGGUGGCAUGAUGGAUGCCUUUAAUGAGGAUGAUGAUGCGGUCUUUGGGUCAAUUGGUCGGGUAGUAUCGGAAGGGGACAAAGCCGAUGGUGUGCUCAGGGAGUAUGCGGCGGGACUAUUUGGCAUCGAAUGGCUGGAUGAGAAUGCGAAGUUUGAAGGGUGGGAGGCUGGUGUUGGCAUAUUAGAGAGAGUCAAAGGAGGGAAAGAACUGGCUGGAAAGUUACUUACCCAGCUUGAACUCAACUCGAAGGACAGGGUGCAAAAGUUGUUGCAGCACUGUAACGAGAAAAAUCUCACCGAUGAAGCCUCAGAUAUCGCAGCAUCAUUCGCCGGUCGCCUCGUCACUUCUGCCACCUCAUACGGUGACUCUCUUUACUUCUAUUCCCUAUCUUCCUAUCAUCGCCCCUCAAUUCACAACCUACUCACCAAACUUCUUUCCUCUUCCCUCCUCAUCUCUAGCGCCUUCCCCCCGGAUUCAACCAUUGAUGAUACCUUCAAAAAACUUUUAUCCUCCCCCAAAUCCACCUCCUCCCAGAUCUUGCGCUUCGAGCUCUCCGGAUAUGCCACCCUUAGAAACUUCUACGCUCUCCGUGAUGCUGGAAAGUUCGCUCCUGCUGUCUCUGCACUCGUUGCUACCAUCAAAUCUGCUGGCGAGAAGCUCGACGGGGGCGUCCUGGACCCUGAAUGGGAGUGCGCAGUGGAAGAAUGGACUCUCGGAGCGCUCCUCGGUGAACUUAUCCCGUUCCUUGGGAGCGCGAAGCGCUGCAUCACCGUGCGCGAGUGCAUGGAUGUUAUGAAGGUUCUUACGGACUUUGAACUUGUUGGAGGUGAAACCAUGCGCCGCGCCGAUGAGUUCCUGAAGAGAGCCAUUACGGCCAAAAAGGACAUUGCUUCUCUGGCGAAUGGCGGAGCUAGUAGCGGGAGGAACAGCAUAAUCAAAUCGAGUUCGUGGGAGGAGGUGAGGAAGGCGAUUGAUGAGGGGGUUCUUUUGAAUGGAAUCGAUAUGGACGCUGUUGAGAGAUCGUGGGACUGGAGAGAUGGCGUUGUGGGAGAUGGGAAGAAGGGUGGACUUGAGGAAAUCAUCCGCGUGGUUAGGCUGAGGCUCAGCCGAGAGGUCGCGAGGGCGUGGUUGGAAAGUGAAGAUUAG